GACUGCCUUGGUAUUCAGAAACUACUGCCGGAUUCUAUUUCUUCAGACAAACCAGUUUUGAAAAACAAGGCUUGAAUAUUUGGCAGGAUGAGAAGCUAGUCCUAAACAAAGUUUGUUACCUGUAAGAAAGUUAAUUCAUCACAUCUAAAUGGUAUAGCCUAGGAAACUUGGUUAGGGCCCAUCACUGUGGUUUGGCAAUACAACCAGCACAACAUCUCUUUUCUCAUCUCUUGGGAAAAAAGAAAGAGAGAGAGAAACUACCUUGAGAAUAAAGGUAAUGAUUAAUUUAUCAGGCAAAAAAGGAUCAUUUUGGGGAUUUCAGGUUUUAACUCGCUAAUUCAAGCAAAUAGCAAGCAGGGGAUGACAGUUUCACCAGAAGAGGAUUAAGUCACAGCCUCUAAUUGGUACCGCACUUGUACAGCCAGAGAAUCUCACCAGACACCUCCAGAAAUCGGAGAGCAGUUGUCAAAAGUUCCAUGUUCACGUGAAGGUGGAGACCAGAACAAGAAGGUAUUCGUGGCAAGAGUGGUCCUUGGAGAAGCCCCAAGAUGCAGCCCCAGAAAGGACAAAAGGGAAAAAGCUUCAAACAGAGAUUGGUCUUGAAGAGCAGUUUAGCUAAAGAAACCCUCUCCGAGUUCUUGGGCACGUUUAUAAUGAUCGUCCUUGGAUGUGGCACUGUUGCCCAAGCUACUCUCAGUCGGGGACUUUUCGGAGGAAUCAUCACUAUCAAUGUUGGAUUUGCCAUGGCAGUUGUAAUGGCCAUUUAUGUGACUGGGGGUGUCUCUGGUGGCCACAUCAACCCAGCUGUGACUUUUGCAAUGUGUCUCUUUGGACGGAUGAAAUGGUUCAAAUUGCCAUUUUAUGUGGGAGCACAGUUUUUGGGAGCUUUUGCAGGAGCUGCAACCCUUUUUGGCAUUUACUAUGAUGGACUUAUGUCCUUUGCUGGUGGAAAACUGCUCAUCGUGGGAGAAAACGCAACAGCGCACAUUUUUGCAACAUACCCAGCUCCAUAUCUAUCUCUGGCGAAUGCAUUUGCAGAUCAAGUGGUGUCCACCAUGUUCCUCCUAAUGAUUGUCUUUGCCAUUUUUGACUCCAGAAACCUGGGCGUCCCCAAAGGCCUAGAGCCCAUUGUCAUAGGACUCCUGAUUAUUGUCAUUGCUUCCUCUUUGGGACUGAACAGUGGCUGUGCCAUGAACCCAGCUAGAGACCUGAGUCCCAGAUUUUUCACGGCUUUGGCAGGUUGGGGAUUUGAGGUCUUCAGAGUUGGGAAUAAUUUCUGGUGGAUCCCUGUAGUUGGCCCUUUGGUUGGUGCUGCCAUUGGAGGCCUCAUCUAUGUACUGGCCAUUGAAAUCCAUCACCCAGACCCGGACCCAGAUUUCAGUGAAGAACAAUCCGAGGACAAACCAGAGAAAUAUGAACUUAGUGUUAUAAUGUAGUGGCAUGCUCAGUUCUGGAUUUCCAAUUGGUUUGGGCAUUCUCUUCAGGAAUUAUGGCAUCCAAUUACCUACUUUUUAAGACUAUGGUGGAAUCCACCCAAUUUUCUCUGCGAGCCAAGUGGGACACAUAAUUAGAAAAGUGUCUGAGUGAAGAUUUGGAAACACAGACCUCUUCUCAACCAUUUUGGCCACCUGGCACCCCCAAAACAGCACUGACUGUCCUCUGAAACAGCCUUCUCUACAGCAAUGUUUAUUUCAUCCUUGACAGGAAUCCUUAUUACUAGGUGAGCACCUUGGUCAUAGACUUACUUAGAUUGUCUCAGCUGUAUUACCAUUAUGAAAUCAUGUCACCAAAAUCCUUGACUUCAAUAGCUACAGAUGUUACAUUGUGAGUAUCAACCAAAACUUAAACUGAAAGACAAAACAGUGAUUUUAGUUAACAUAUUCAUGAAUUAGCAAACUAAUGGAUGGACUUUGUAAGAAUGUCAUGCAGCUGUAUGCUUUAUAAAUACUGAUUUUUUUUAAACUUUCAAUGCAGAAAGCUGUAGAAUGCAACUGGAAAUCAUGGGGAAAGACAUUGUGGCGUUCAGAAACCUCAGGAGACAAGAUAAAUUUGGGAAACCAAAUGGAAUUUUGUUAAUGGAAACCAUUUAUCAGAUAAUUCUCUUGCUCUUCUGCAUUUUAGAGGGCACCAAUUAAUUUCCUGGUCUUUAGUAUAUAAUAACCUAAAAUACAAUUGUAACCUCAGUCAUAAAAAAUACAUCACUCUGUCUCUUUAGUGCAAAUGUAUUUUCCUAAUUACACACUUGAGGACAGACAUUUGAUGAGUUAAAUCAGUGGCUGCACUCAUCCAUUACUCUACACAUCCCCUAGAAGCCAGGACUGAAAGCCAUUGGAUCCUGAUCUAGUCAGAUCUUCAGGGCAGAAGGUCUGUGGAAAGGUAAUAUUACCUUAUUGAACUUUACAAUUCACAAAGCACUUUAGUAUACAUUGUCUAAUUUAAUUCUGUAGCAACUAUCUGAGGUAAAUACCAUCUGACCAUUGACAAUGUUGACAAUGUUCAGAUAAAGAAACAAAAUCUCAGGGAAGUUAAGCAAGUUAUCCAAGUUCACAUAGAAAGUUGAACAUUUUCUAAGGAAUCCUCAACCUUUCAGAUCACUAACUGGAUGAGAACUGUCAACUCCUCCUGGCUGGCCAGAAAAGUGGAAUUGGCAAUACAAAUACACAUGUACAUGUAUACACACACACACACACACACACACACACACACACACACACACACACACACACACACACACACAUACAUAUUCUAGCCAUACCAUUUCUGAUCUUAAGAUAUAAAGACCCUAGUUGUUUGGUUUUAUCCUCACUGUUACUGAGUGCUAAUGAAGAAAAGAGGUAGCAAUUUGAUCAUAGCUUUCAUUUGCUGAGAAACAUUAUCAGAAGACCUCCCUUCCUGAGCCUCCCCCUAAUCCAAUCUUCCUUCCCAGACAGCCUUAAACAUUACAUUCACAGGUUUUCCUCUUCUAACUCUUCCCUUUGAAGUUCUCUGACAUUACUUUAGACAAGCGUGACUGCAGUUACAAACACUGGGGACUUGCUCUACAUCAAGGGAUGCACCCUCAGUCAAACUGUUAAAAAGCCUAGCAUUCCCAGAGGCAACCAGUUUCCCAAAUGCUUCAUGGUAACAGAACAACAAAAAGAAACUGUGCACUAUCUCUGAUGGCCUGUGUUCUACAACCUAUGGACAUAUAGAGUUUCUUCUUAUUCUGAAAUUACCUGGAUACUUCCUAUUUGAAAUAAAAUUGCUGGAUUGUUGCUGGG